AAGUAUUUCGCCCCCCCUACAUAUACGUAUUAGAAACGUUUUUCAACAAAUUAAAUCAUUCCAAUCCCCCCCCCAAAAAAAAAAACAAUGGGCAAUGGAGGUUCGACAGGGAACACCGAUCGCGGUGGAUUUACCAAUGACGAGGUAGGCCGAUGCUUCCUUACUGAUAAGAAGGUCCCCCGAUGUGGCCUCGUUAUGGGUAAAGAGAUACCGUCACCCCCAUGGCGAUGUGGCCUCAUUAUGGGUAACGAGAUACCGUCACCCCCAUGGCGAUGUGUGAGUGGCCUCAUUAUCGAUAACGAGAUAGCGCCACCCCCACCCCUACCCACCCGCCGAGAAUUCUAGACUUCAUUCAAGCCAAAUCCUUUGGGUAGCUAAAAGGGAAAAAAGGAGGGCUUGGAAUUUGCAUUUAGCGACUGGAAUUCCCUUCUUAUGUAGUUUUUCCUUUUUAAGUAUUAAUAAAAGUAAAGUGUAUAA